AUGCUAACUCAGGCAAAAGUGCGCUACAGAACAACUAUAUUCCUCCAGGAAAAAUUGGUAAAGAUGGUAUGUGUCGACGAUAGAACUCGUGUAAACCCCCUUGUAUACAAAUUUCCUUUAGACGUACUGGCUAUCCUUCACAACCACAGUGCUUUAGCUGGUCUACUCGACGCCAAGGAACGGUUCGACGCACCCAAAUGUGAUCCAUCUACGCGAAUCGGAAUUAUCAAAAAGCUCACAAAUUGGGUUGAAUCCGAGAGUCAAUCAUUGCCAUCUUCUCUGUUGUGGCUGCACGGUCCAGCAGGAGUAGGGAAAUCGGCAUUAAUGCAGCAAUUGGGGCUCAUCAUGCAAGAAAAAGGCAACCACGCUGCGAGUUACUUCUUUUCACGCACCGCCGUUGGACGAAGCGAUGGAAAUUCUCUGAUCGUCACUUUGGCAUACCAGCUCGCUAUGAACUUUCCACCCAUUCGUGCGCACAUUGCCAGUAACCUGAAUAAAAAUCCGGGUAUCUUUUCAUUGUCGAACAAAGUGAAGAUGCAAUUGCUUGUUGUCGAUCCAAUCGAUAAAUUGUGCGCGACUAGUUUCUGGAAGCGUUUCUUUCGCGAGCGUUUCUUGAGAUUGCGGUCCACGAUGCAGAUUCCAAGACUUGUCAUAGUAGACGGUUUGGACGAAUGCGACAAUCAGGAUAUCCAAUCCGACAUUCUGUUACUCGUUGCCCAUGCCAUUUCCCAGCUUCGUCUCCCACUUCGUUUCAUCAUCGCAAGUCGUCCAGAGGCACACCUGUUAUCUUCAUUCAACAAUUCGAUAUUUGACAAGAUAUCCUAUACGCACAUUAAUCUAGGAGAAGACGGGGACGCUGAACAUGACAUCUUUCUUUUUUUAACCAAAGAAUUCAAGGAAAUUCGAUUAAACCAUCCCUUAGGCAGGCUCCUUCCUGACCCUUGGCCAACGCCUGCUCAAAUGGAUACGCUCGUAAUGAAUCUUCAGGAGGAUUUAUAUAUCCUGCGACGGUGCUGA